AUGUACAUGCUGGUUAUAUUCCGACCACAUUGUUGCCAAUCGCACAGGUACGACCAGAUCGGCAUCGGCAUGAUCGUUGCCGUACAUUUGGUUCAAAUUCCCGGCACGGACCGUUAUCUCUUUAUGGAACGUCCUUCCGGCUACCACCCGGACAGCAGCCGAAGCAUUGCGGGCUUUUUCGACUUGAACACCCGAAAGUUCACUCACGUGUUUUCUCCUGAUGGGUUAUUUUGCUGCGGCCACACGCUGCUCGACACGGGGGAUGUUGUGAUUGUGGGCGGACAUCAGGCCAAUGCGGGCUAUCCGGACGGAAUGAAAUCCAUUCGUACAUUCAACCGCUCAUGCACCGACCUGCAACUGCGCAAGAUUCGGGAGAUGGGCUGGCGCCGAUGGUACCCCACCCCCACACUCCUUCCGGACGGCAGGGUGCUCAUCAUGGGCGGAACGCAGGGUGUGGGGGCCGGUACGGCAAACAACCCGUUUUGGGAAAUGUACGACCCAGCUACAAAUAGUACGAGGCCAUACGCCAUGCGUUCUAUGUACUUGGACCAGUCAGAGCAGAUCUACUACCCCUUCAAUUAUGUGCUUCCCGAGGGCCUUCUAUUCACGUUUUGCGGCCGCUCCGGCUGGAUUAUGGAUUGGCGGAAUAACAACUGGCUCCAGGACGUGCCCAGGUUGCGGGGGUACGGCAGCACGCAGUUCCCCUUCACCGGUAGCUCUGUAAUGCUGGGCCUGUAUCCCGAGAAUAACUACCAGGUGGAGAUUAUGACCUUUGGCGGACAGCGAGAAGCGGCUGUCAAAGAUUUAUCCUUCAUUGGUAACAGGGGUAGCGGCCGACUGGCUCUGACGUACAACCGUACGAGUGGCAACUACUCGUUCAGGGGUUGGGAGUUGGACCUGCUGAGCAUUGGCCGUGUGAUGCCGGACUCCGUAUUGCUGCCGAACGGCAGGGUCAUUAUUCUGAACGGCGCAUGGACCGGACUGGCGGGCGACUCCGCGAACGGUGGUGAAAGUCGCGCCAACUACCCCCUUCUCUUCGCGGAGGAGUACAACCCGAAUGCGCCGCUGGGCAGCCGCUUCCGGAGGAUGGCUACAACUCUCAUUGCCCGAAUGUACCACUCAACCGCCGGAUUAACCACCAACGGUACCGUUAUCGUGGCCGGCUGCGACCGCUGCUACAAGUACCAGGUGCAGGACGGCUAUGACUUCGAUCCGUCGCCCACAUCAAAGGCCGAGUACCGCGUCGAGAUCUACUCACCGCCGUACUUCUUCAUGGACGAACUAAAGCCCCUGAUCGUCAACACCUCCAGCACCAGCAUGGCGUACCAGGGGCUCUUCACCAUCACGUACACCUUCCCGGCGGGCUGGGGAAACAACGCGCUCACGCGUGUCGUACUCGUGGCGCCCAGCAGUACGACACACUCGUACAACACGCACCAACGGCUGCUGGGUUUGGAAAUUGUGAGCAAUUCAGUUGGAGAUGUCAACGGUGUCGCCAUCGUCCGCGGCCCACCCAACAUCAACAUCGCGCCGCCGGGCAUGUACAUGCUCUUCCUGCUCAACGGCGACGUGUACUCCAGGGCUGUGUGGGUGACACUCAUACGACCGCGACCGGGGGAGCCAGGCUACAUGACCUAA